UGUACAGUCGGGAUUCAGGAAAGGCCGCAGCACAGUGACAGCGCUUCUUGACGUUACCGACAACAUACUCUGUUCACAGGAUAAAGGCAUGUGCACGCUGCUUGUGCUGCUUGAUUUCUCUAGGGCAUUUGACUGUAUUAAUAUAGAUCUGUUACUGUCGAAGCUUAGCUAUUACGGACUAGAUAAUAGUGCCCUGCGUUGGUUUUACAGUUAUCUCACCAAGCGGCACCAGUAUGUGAAACUGUGCACAAGUGAUGGAUCCACUAAAGUUUCAGAUAAUAUUGAUCUUUCUAGAGGUGCGGACAUCAGCUCUCGCAUUACAUAUUGUAAAUAUCAUAUUUAUGCUGAUGAUAUUCAGAUAUAUAUCACUUGCAAACCCUCGGAAAUAGAUAGUGCUAUAAAUAAACUCAAUAUGGACCUGGCAAAUAUAGCAUCUUGGGCAUUAGAUAAUAGUCUAAUGCUCAAUCCAACUAAAACUAAAUACCUUAUAUUUGGCACCAAAACUCAGUUAAACAAGAUCAGACCAACUAGAGACGUAAUGUUAUCAGGUGAACUAAUAGAAAGAGUUUAUGAGGCUCGUAACCUGGGAUUAGUUAUGGACAGCGAACUAAGAUUUGAGAAGCAUGUUGCGGAAUCUGUCAGGACCUGUUUCUUUAGACUCAAACUACUCUACAACAUACGGCCUUUUAUUAACGAAACCUUGCGCAUUCAAUUGAUUGAAACACUAGUUCUGUCUAAAUUAAAUUACAUGGAUUUAGUGUAUGGCCCUCGGCUCCUAUCAAAAACAAAACGGCUUAUUCAAAGAGUACAGAAUGCCUGUACCCGCUUCUGUUUCAAUGUACCACCAAGAGCUCAUGUCACGCCAUUUUUGAAUAAGCACAAUAUUCUUAAAAUGCUUCACCGUCGCAAACUUCAUCUGGCCAGUCUUCUUUUUGGCAUAGUAAAACAUAAAUCCCCUUUAUAUCUCUUCGAAAAGCUGUCAUGGAUGUCCACUCGCAGGUCUCUUGCAGUACGCACUUGUAGUAUACAGCUGAUAACUCCUCGGCAUGCGACUGCGGCUUUUCGUGGCAGCUUCAAGUACAAUGCGACCAAGUGCUGGAACAUCAUUCCUCCGCCCCUCAGGAACCUACAAAGUGUAACAAGUUUUAAAACCAAAUUUAAAGAACUUAUACUCAAACACCAGCAGUCACAGGAAGUAUUACGGCAUGACACAAGUUAUCUCUGAUGUUCGAUCUC